UUCCAGGAAGCGUCGGAUAAUUUCACUUUGACAGCCUGGAAGUUGAGAGAUGAUGGCAGAGAGCCAACAACACAUGGUACUUUUAGUUUAGAGCGCAUUUCGCAAGACUGAGAGACAAAUAUCGAGCUAAACUACAAACUGUAACGGGUCAGUCCUGUUGUUCGUCAUUCUUUUAAGUUAGCAGGCAUUGGUCGAGCAGCGCUAAAGGACGAGCGCUCGGGCUAACUGAGCUUCACACCCGUGUCACUGCCUUUGAGUCAGAGAGAGCCGUUUUGUUUUCUCUAUCGCCACACUUCACUAUGUGUUUAUCCAAUCACAGCGGCGGUGUGUUGUGUAAAGGUCGUUAAAACGAAAGGAUAUAUUAAUUCUUUUUUGCGCAGCAAGGACAGUUUCUCUUCUGAGAGAAGGACUUUUGCUUGGACUGGGAAAAGUGAGGCGUAAACUUUACUCAUACUGAAAUGAUCAUAGACUGCGGCUGAUCGAGAACAGAGCACUGGAGGCCUCAUGCCAAUGAUUUCAAAUGACUGGAAUGAGCGCUAACUGUGAAGUUCAUUGCCCGCAAGGAUUAACUUUAAUUGAAUAGUCCCAGUGCAUGCUUCCCUUCCUAUAAUGUUGGAGGGACUUGUUGCCUGGGUGCUCAACACAUACCUGGGCAAAUAUGUGAGCAACCUAAACACAGACCAGCUCUCCAUUGCUCUUCUUAAAGGGGCAGUAGAGUUGGAGAACCUUCCACUAAGAAAAGAUGCACUCAGAGAAUUUGAUCUGCCCUUUGAGGUCAAAGCAGGCGUCAUUGGGAAGAUCACCCUUCAGAUUCCAUUUUACCGGCCACACAGCGACCCAUGGGUCAUUUGCAUGUCCCAGCUAAACCUGAUUAUCGGCCCAGCCCCACCACAGGAAUAUGAUGAGGUGCGAGAAAGGGAAGCUGAGAGAGAGCAGAAGAAACAGCUGCUCAAGGCACUUGAGGACAAAUGGAAGAGUGAAAGUGAGCAGAAGGGAGAAUCUUACUGGUAUUCUGUCACAGCCUCUGUUGUCACUAGAAUUGUUGAGAAUAUUGAGCUGAAAAUUCAAGGUGUCCAUUUGCGAUUUGAAGAUGAUUUUUCCAACCCUGAAAAACCCUGUGCCUUUGGCGUUUGUAUCAAGAAUGUAUCUGCACAGAACUGCUCUGAAGAACCAGCUCAGAAGCUUAUUCGGCAAAAGGAGCUGGAAAUCAAUGAAUUUAGUGUCUACUGGGACACAGAGUGCACCAUGCUUGGAGAUCUUCCCUCAGCAGAAGUACAGGAGUUGAUGAGUAUAUGUAUGCAGAGCCGUGAGCAUCAGUACAUAUUUGAGCCAGUGUGUGCCUCUGUGUUAGUGAGGAGGAAUGCAUCCAUGGAGCCAUUAAGAUCUCGUCAGACACCUCGCAUUGAGGGCCAAGUGCAGCUGGAACCCCUCUCACUUCGCCUGUCACAGGUUCAGUAUCAGCAGAUCAUGGCAUUCCUUAAAGAGCUGGUCCGGCAAGAAAGGGAGAUGCUUUAUCGAAAAUGGAGACCUAAACUUCCCAUCUUUGGAAAUUCUCGGCAGUGGUGGAUGUUUGCCAUUAAUGCCAACCUGAAUGAGCUCAGGGAGCAGCGCCGACGGGGAUGCUGGGAUUUUGCUCUGCACAGGGCGCGUGAUGCCAUACUCUAUACUAGCUUGUAUGUCCAGAAGCUUAAGGGAGUUAUUUUGAUUCCACAGGAGGAGAGUGAUAUGGAAAGGAUCGAGGAUGAACAGACAGUGGAGGAGCUGCAGAUUCUCAGGGAAACUGUUUAUGUCUCUUUACGCAAGCAGGAGGAAAUUGCAGAGAGUCUGCAAGAGUCCAUGAACGAGACAACGGCUUCCUCUACCUCCAUCUCCAUCCCUAAAAGUGGGAGUUCUGGGAUGAUCCAGUACCUGCAGUCUUGGUUCCCAGGUUGGGGUGGCUGGUAUGGGGGUGCUGAAAGAGGGCCAGAUGGACAGCCAGUUUCAGAUGAUAUUUUACCAGGCACUGAACAGUGGAAAAUUCUUGCUGAGACUGAUGAUCUCUUUGAUCCUUUGGAGGAUUCACAAACACUGAAUACCUUUACAAGAAGGGAUCAUCUCUUUGCACGACUGGACUUUUUCCUCGAGAAAGCAGCUGUCACUCUUUACCAUCAAGACAAAAAGAAACCUCUUUUGAGUGAGAGUGGUGUUAUUCAGCUGGAGUUUUCAGGUGUGAACAUUUGUGUUGAGUCUCUUCCUCGCUCUGAGUCCUCUUUACUCACUCUGAAACUUGGUGGGCUUUUUCUCCGUGACCUCACUACCCAAGGCUCCAUCUUUCCUGUCCUUGUCUCACCAAAACCGGAUAAAGUCGUUGUUGCUAUCAGUCAACCUUGUGGCCAAACUAACAGCACAGAAACGAGCAGUCUUGCCUCUGAUGUGGAGUCAUCAGCACCUCCUGUCUUUGAGAUGAUUUAUGAACGUAAUCCAAUAAGGAGCAAAUUUGAGAGGAGACUGGAGGUCAAUACCAGCCCUCUUAAUAUCAUUUAUAACCCUCAGGCUAUCAAGAAAGUGGCUGAGUUUUUCUACAAAGGAAGGGUUCACACCUCAGGAUUUGGAUAUCAAUCUGAAUUAGAGCUGAGGGUGGCUGAAGCAGCCAGGAGGCAAUACAACAAGCUGAAAAUGCAGACAAAGGCAGAAAUCAGACAAACCAUUGAUCAGCUGCUAGUUGGAGAGUUCAUUGAGAACAGUAAGCACUGGACUAUGAAAUUGGAUAUAUGUGCUCCUCAAGUCAUAUUUCCAGAUGAUUUUCAGUCUGAAGAACCAAUGCUAGUGGUGGUCGAUCUUGGGCGUAUUCUUCUUACUAAUUCCCAAGAGGAUCAUAAAACAAAUCCUAAGACUUCUCAGAUGGAAGGAGAGAGUGAUGAAGAGUUUCAGACACCACUAGCAACACCUCCUGGGUCUCCACCACCAGAACAAGAGGUAGAUAUCAAAGGUCUGGAAAGGUCCCGUGAUAUUACCAGCCUUAACUCACCAGAAGGUGCCCAAAUUGUCAGCAGGAACCUAUAUGAAAAGUACUCGCUUUCUUUCAGUGACCUCCAGAUCAUGGUUGGUCACUAUAAAGACAACUGGAAACAUCUCCAGGAGAGUGAAGUGGGCCCUACUCAUGUGGUUGAAAAAUUCAAUGUGCUACUACAGCUUGAGCAGAGACUACGAUACACGUCAGACCCUCGGUUUCCAGGGGCUGUACUCUCAGGAACCCUACCAGACCUUAAAGUGCACAUCAACCUGGAGAAAAUGGCUGCCCUAACAAGCUGUUUGGCUAGACUGGGUAGCUCAGGGGCAGAUGGAGUUAAUGGUGACAAGAAGGGAGAGAAUCUCAGAUCUCCUGACCCUCUGACGCUUCGUCACGAGAAGGUCUUUCAAAGGGAAGAUAGUGAGUGGAAGCUCCAGGGUUCUGAUAAAAGUCUUACCAAGAGUGUGAUGACACUUGAGCAACAUACUCGAGAGGUGCUUGUGGAAUCCAGACUUCUUCUUGUAGAGUUUAAUAUCAAUUACAUGCAGCUUGGCAUUGAAAGUGGAGGCCGGUAUAUUUCGGUUCUAAAAGUGUUUGGAACAAAUGCGCAUUUCGUAAAGCGGCCUUAUGAUGCUAUGGUUUCCCUCACAGUCCACGGACUUUACCUUGUGGACACAUUGCAGACAUAUGGCUCUGAUUUUGAUUUGCUUGUUGCAUCUCAUAAACACCUAAGUUUUGAUGUACCUACCGGGAGUCUUCGAGAAAGCCAGCCCACAUCACCUGUUUCCUCAGAUGUUAAAUCUCCAGAAAUGCCAGGUCUAAAUAGGAACUCCUCAGAUCUUGCCUUUGACAAAGCGUCUCCACGGGGCUCUCCCCUGAGAGACCAUGAGGCUCUCAUUAAAUUGGAAUACCAGUUUGUUAGCUCAGACUGCCCCUCCAUGAACUUGGACAGCUCUCUAAAGGUCACCUCCAUGCAGGUCAACAACCUUGAUAUCAUUCUUAACCCUGAAACCAUAGUAGAGCUUCUAAAAUUCCUCCAGCAGUCUUUUCCCAAAGAAGAAAACACUCCAACAGAACAGCUAGCACCACUGCCUAAUGGAGAAGACCAUGAGGACACCUAUCAGUCCACUUAUGACCAGAAUAAGGAGUUAAUUGUAGAAAUACACAGGUUAAACUUGCUGCUUUUGCGAACUGUUUCCACUGGAACUGUUUUGGGAGGUGAGAAGAAAGGCAUUAAAAUUGCUACAGCCAGUAUAAAUGGGACAAAAGUCAACAUGUCCAUGGGAAGUCGACUGGAUAUCAAUGGCUCUCUAGGAUGUAUCCAGCUUGUAGACUUGACUCAGGAAGGUGGCAGAAGUCAGUUUGUGGUCAGUAUUGGAAGUGUGGAAGACAGUUCCUCCACAGAUGGUGUGGCAUUCAUUCCUAGCACUGCCAUGUCUCCCUCUGAUGCUUUGAGUUUUCACUUUUUAGAAAAGUCUCAGGGAGAAUGCUCUCUUCAACUUCAAAUGGCAUCUUUGCACUAUAACCACUCUGCAAAGUUCCUGAAAGAACUCAGUUUAUCGGCAAAUGAGGUAGAGGACAACUUCCGUUCUAUGCUGAAGAAUGCCGCUACAAAAGUCUCUACUGUAUUGGCCACAAAAACAGCAGAGUACAGUGGUAUGGUGUCUCUCUUUGAAACCCCGUGUAAAAGAUCCAGGAGGCAAAGUCAAUGUAACUGGAUGAUUGACCCUUUCGAGGAUGAGGAUUUCUCCGUUCCUGAAAUGGAACCAGGCUUGGAUUCCUUUCUGGUCAAACUGACUCUUGACAUCAGUAUAGAAUCCCCUGUUGUGUCUAUUCCUAGAAAGCCUUGUCACCCUGAGCUCCUUGUUGGACACUUGGGUAGUAUAAGAAUUCAAAACUUUAUUGCAGGCCAGGACUCAGAAGGGGAGAAACUGCAGGUUAAGGUAAAGGAUAUAAGACUGUAUUCAGUCAAUACAAGUAACCUGGUGUUGAGGAAAGGAGCACGACUUACCAGCAGCUCCACGUCUGGUCCAUCACCUUCUCAUACCGGCAGCCUUAAUGUGAAUGAGCCACAAUUUACACGCCAUGACUUCUUUGACUACCUGAGCCGAGGAAAAGCUUUUCACAUUCUAAAAGAUACCACUAUCCAACUGACUGUCGAGAAAGUUCCUGUUGAUGAAAUCUCGCAGUUUAACUUUUUGUCCUGUGAAGUGCCUUACCAGAGCACUGGGCUAAUGAGAGUGGAAGGCAGAUUUGUUAAUGCUGUCCAGGUAUGUCUCUGCAAGCGUGUGUAUGAGCAGGUUCUUCAGACUCUUGAUAAUCUCUCUUUUAUCGAAGAUGAUCGAGUAACGCCCAGUCAGCCUCCUACACCACCACCCCCUACACCCUCUUCUACAAAACCACAACGCUUCCCCGAUCCACAGGGUGGGCUUUUUGCCCGGGACCCUCCUCAUGUUGGCAUCUCUUACUCCUCAUUGUCAUCUUCCCUUUCAGCAACACUUCCAUUGCAGAAUGACAGCUCCACUCUCCAGCCUCCCUCUUUCACCCAGGUGAGGGUCACAUUUAGGGUCUCUGAGCUGCAAGUGCAAUUGAGUGGAGACCUCAGCCAGGGCUCUCAAGGCCUGGUCAGCCUGCGCUUCAAAGACUUGGAGGGAGAUUUUACCAAAGAUCAUCCCCAUGCAAUGUCCAUCCAACUAGCCCUUCACUCCCUGUUAAUGGAAGACCUACUAGAGCCAAACCCUGAAUCAAAGUACAAACACCUCAUGGUGUCCAGAGGUGCUCCAAAGCCCUCGACCUUCAGUCCUAAGGAAUACUUGUCACAGUCUUGCCCGAUAUCAUCCAAUGUUCUAUGCCUAGAAAUGCCACACUCUCUUCCAGCACAAUUUGAAGAGGCACAGAAUGUCUUCCAGUUCUAUCAGAGGCAUCCCAGUACUCCAUCUGCAUCCAUUCGGAAAAGCAAGAGGGAUGCAGAAUGCCCCAGCACCCCUCCCCCAUCCCCAUCCCGCAAGACUCCAUCUCCGCACCCACGAUCAGACUUUGAUGACUCUUUGGUACAUAUCAGUGUGCUCAUGGUAGAUAGACGGCAUCCUGAGUUUAAGACACGGUAUGGCAGUAUCGGGCGUAGUGUCGAUGUAGACUUCAACUGCCUCGAUAUUCUUAUCACACUGCAAACCUGGGUUAUGAUUCUGGACUUUUUUGGCAUUGGCUCUACUGCUAAUAACCAUGCUGUGAAAGUGCCUACCACUACCACACUACAGCCUACACCUGAACACUCACUACACAACACUACCCUCAAUGAUCUGGGAGAUCUGUAUCUGGAAUUUGAGGAAAAGGUCAAUACUAAGCUAGAUUUAAAGGUUCACUCUUUAACUUUGGUAUUGAGAAAGAAGACCAGUGAGCUCGCUAAAGCUAGUGUCUCUAAAUUGUUUACACAUAUGGAAAUGAUUGGUGGAGAUUUGGCAUUGCAAGGGAGUCUGGGAAGUUUGUCACUGAGUGAUUUGACACCUCAAGGUGAUCUAUACAGGGAACGUUUCACAACACAUGGUGGAGAGGCUCUUGUCUACGACAUACACAAGUAUGGAGAGUCUGACCCCUACCUGAUGCGGGAAUAUGAUAUGAAGGUGUCUGUUAAGAUGGCCUCAGUACAAUAUGUCCAUACCCAGCGCUUCCAGACCGAGGUGGUGGCCUUCAUCCAACACUUCACGCAGCUACAGGAUGUCCUAGGCAGACAGAGAGCAGCCAUUGAGGGUCAGGCUGUGAGUGAGCACCCACAGCGAGCUGCUCGAGUGCUGCUGGACAUCGAAGCAGGUGCUCCUGUCCUCUUGAUCCCAGAGAGCUCCCGCUCCAAACGCCUCAUAGUGGCCAAUCUGGGUCAACUCCGAGUGUGUAACAGCUUCCUGCCCGCUGGCACUCAUGGCACAUUCUCUCUCAGAGACAAGGAUCAAGUAAAGGAUGCCCAAUCUGCCUCUGAAGCUGGCAAGACUAGUGAGAAAAAGUCUGCUGAAAAGACCAAUGCUUCAAGCUCCAGCACAAGCUCAGGAUUUAUCCUGGGCAGACCCCAGCCUAGCCUAGGAAGCAUUCCUGAAGCAGAUGUGCUAUCAAGUCCAGAAGAUCAUGUGUGUCUGCUGGACUGCAUUGCACUGGACCUGCAGGAGAUGGACAUAUUUGCAGCAGAGCGGUUGCCCUGUGAGCCAUGGGACAGUGUCGGGAAGCAUCUGGAUACAGAUUUGGUUUUCCCAUCCUACUCGGUGCGAAGGAGUGGAGACAGUCUGCUGAAGGAGCGCUGCCAUCUAAAGCUGAAAGUGGAACGCAACCUUGACAAGGAGUUGAGUCAUGCUGUCCCAGAUAUGUCCAUCCAUGGUAGUCUGUCUUCUGUCCACUGCUCCCUGGACCUGGAGAGGUAUCAGCUGAUCCGUGGUCUCCUGGAACACAACCUGGGAGAGACUGUAGAGGAGUUCCUCAGACCUUACAAUCUCCAGGACCCCAGCAUCUAUACCGUGUUAAGUGGUGAUGUGUACACAUGCCUCUCUCUUCUGGUUGACAUGAAGGACGUCAGUCUAGAGUUACUGGACAACCACAAAUCCACUGGUCAAAACCACUCCUUGGCCAGAUUUGACUUUAUGAAAUCUAAGCUCCUGUUCGAGAGUUUCUCUGAUGGUUCCAAGUCUGUGAACCUGGUUUCUCAUUCACUUCUGGCCCAUGACACUCGAUUCAGUGGCUGCAGUGGUCCCACAGAAGGCAAACACAAUGUGUUUGAUUGCAUUCUGCAACCCUCCAGGACAGGCACCAACCGAGCCUCCCUGCAGCUGGAGCUACAUUACAGAUCUACGCGGGACUCCUCAUGCUUCACUGUGGUUUUAAACAAUCUGCGAGUCUUCCUCAUCUUUGAUUGGCUGCAGCUGGUGAAGGAAUUUCUGCACAUGCCUGUGGAGAAAGUGGCAGCACAGACCCACCAGCGCUGGCCCAGUGGCAGCAGUGACAUUGGCAGCACAGCGGCUGUCAUGCCCAAAACCAUCAAGAGUGGCGUAGUCACUAAGCGAUCCACUGUGCCGGUCACUCAAGAUAGAUACCUGGAGGUCAAGAUCAAUGUGACAGGGACGGAGUUUGUGGUUGUCGAGGAUUCUUCAUGUUUGGAUACCAGUGCUAUCAUCCUGAAAGGCACCACUGUGCUUACAUACAAGCCUCGACUUCAAGACAGGCCUUUUUCUGGCAGCCUAGCUGGCAUUGAGGUGUUCUCUUGUCGGCUGGGCAGCGAGCAGGAAACUGCUUUGUCCAUCAUUGAUCCAGUCAAUGUUCAGAUGGAGCUCUGUGGCAGCCCAACAUACCAGAGCAGCUCAGGACUUCUUGAUGCCUUCAACAUAGAGGACAUUCCACCCCUCCUUGAGAUCCAGUUCCCUGCUCUGGACAUCCGUCUCUCCUACAAUGAUGUGCAGCUUUUCCUGGCAAUAGCUAAGUCCAUCCCCACCACAGGGUCUCCUGGCCCUUCAGACACUGCCACAGAAGCUGAGAGUACAGCAUCCACUGCUAGCACAGACACUCCAUCCAAACCAAAAGACAGCUUCAGACAAAAGACAGAGGCCUUACUGGAAGGUCAGCUUAAGCGGUUACAGGACCUUGGGUUCAGAAAGGAAGACUGCAGGCAGGCCCUCAUUCACUGUAGAGGUCAGUUGGACCAAGCUGCCUCAUGGCUGUUGGAGAAUGCAGAGAGCAUGUCUGGCCAUAGCAGAGCUUACUCAGAUUCAAGCAGCCACUCGGCCCCUCCCCUCUCCGGAGUGGAGGUGAAGGCCGAGAGUGUGUGCAUCUGCUUCAUCGAUGACUGCCUGGACUGUGACGUCCCACUGGCAGAGCUCAUCUUCUCACGUCUUUAUUUUCUCCAGAGAAUUGGAUCAGUGCAAGAAGGCAAAGCUAGUUUCUCUCUGUCUGCAGAUUAUUACAACAGAGAACUUUCAGGCUGGGAGCCAUUCAUCGAGCCCUGGCCGUGUUUCCUGAAUUGGCAGCAGCAGGCGGCAGGCCGGCUCCAUCCUCCACGCCUGAAGAUUGGAGUUCGAGCCAAGCAGAGGCUGGAUGUCAACAUCACCUCUGUCUUACUGGAGCAGUACAGCGCCACCAAGACUUCGUGGUUAGCAGAUUACUGCAAGGAAGACGAGCAGUCGCCACAGUCCUCCUCCGCCCUGCCCUGGAUGGGAUCGUCAGUGGAUCCCCCCUCCUUUGGCCAGAGUCUUCCUCUUGCCUACCUUAGAAUUAGAAGCUCUGCCAGCUUGACUUGUCUUGAGCACCAGAUUCAUACCCGAGCGGAUGUGAAGCUCUCCAAGAGAAGGCAGCCAUUUGUUCCCUAUGCCUUACGCAACCACACUGGCUGUACUAUGUGGUUUGCUACCCUCACUACCACGCCAACCAGAGUGGCACUGUCUCACAGCAGUAGCGCUGACUCCAUAUCUGAUGUGCAUGGGCCUGGGACAGACGAUACACACAAUGUCAGCCAGUGGAGAGAGGUGCUGCCAGGGGAGGAGAUCCCUUUUGAGUUUGAGGCCCGGGAGAAACUAAGACACAGACACACCCAUGAGCUUAAACUGCACCAGCUGCUGGUGCGUGUGGUGGGCUGGGAGCAGGUAAAGCCAGUAUCAGUAGACAAGGUUGGAGUGUUCUUCCGUUAUGCCGCCCCUGAUCGAAACAACCCUUCAAGCACUGUUGGCAGCCCAAUCAGCAGAACCAACAUCAUACACCCUCAUGUAUAUUUCUCAGCUUUGCCGCCUGUCAGAGUUGUUUUCUCCAUUACUAUGGAGGGCAGUGCACGGAAAGUCAUUACAGUGCAGUCUGCUCUCACAGUGAAGAAUCGCCUUGAGGUCCCCAUGGAAGUGCGACUAGAUAGCCCCUCUGCACCAGACAAUCCUGUUGUCCUACCACCAAUCCUGCCUGGAGAGGCCUUGGCCAUCCCUCUCCAUCUGACCUCAUGGAGGCUGCAGGCGAGACCUAAAGGCUUGGGAUUGUUCUUCUGUAAAGUGCCCAUCCAUUGGACCACUGUGGAACGGCCUGGCGAUGUCCGCAGCAGCAAGAGGGAGUGCCAGUCAGCAGACUUUGAUGACCAACACAAACGAGGCUUCAGGUUUUGUGUUGUCAUUAAGAAAGAGAACUACCCCGAACAGCAGCCUGCCAAAACUGUGGCAGGAGGUACAAAACAGAUCUACAGCCAGCCGGGUCACACCAUUUAUCUGCUGCCCACCCUGGUAGUGGCCAACCUUCUGCCCUGUGACCUCAACUACUACAUCAAAGGGACCUCAAUCAAGGGAACCAUGAAACCGGGCAAGGAGGCAGUGCUGCAUGCAGCAGACACAUCGCAAAACAUAGAAUUAGGUGUGUUGCUAGAGAACUUUCCUGAGUGUAAGGAGUUGCUCAUUCCUUCUGGAACACAGAACUAUGUCGUGUCCAUGCGGCUAUAUGAUGUAAACAAACGGCUGCUUUGCCUCACCAUACGGAUUUUUCUCAGAGCCCAAGGAGCUCUUAAAAUACUCAUCUCUGCUCCCUACUGGCUCGUCAACAAGACUGGGCUGCCUCUGAUCUUCCGUCAGGACAAUGGGAAAACAGAUGCCGCAGGGCAGUUCGAAGAGCAUGAGUUAGCCAGGAGUCUGAGCCCUCUGCUCUUUUGCUACACUGACAAAGAGCAGCCCAAUAUGUGCACGAUGAGGAUUGGUAAAGGGAUUCACCCAGAUGGUGUUCCAGGAUGGUGCCAGGGUUUCUCUCUGGACGGUGGUCAUGGUGUGAGAGCAGUCAAAGUAAUCCAGCAUGGCAACAGACCCGGACUCAUCUAUAAUAUAGGAAUAAAUGUGAGAAAAGGGAAGGGGCGUUAUCGUGACACCCACAUUGUGACCUUUGCCCCGCGGUAUCUGCUUGACAAUAGAUCGUCUCACAAGUUAGCCUUCUCUCAGAGUGAAUUUGCCAGAGGAAAGGGCACAGCAAAUCCAGAGGGUUAUAUUUCCCCUCUGCCAGGCUCCAGUGUGGUAUUUCACUGGCCCAGAAAUGACUAUGAUCAGCUUCUCUGUGUCCGUCUCAUGGAUGUACCCAACUGCACCUGGUCUGGAGGUUUUGAGGUCAACAAGCCCAAAUCUUUCCACAUCAACAUGAGGGACACUUUGGGGAACUGCUUCUUCCUGCGUGCUGAGAUUGCUUUGAAAGGGGCAACACAUCAAAUCUCAUUCAGUGACACUGACCAGCUGCCUCCACCCUUUCGCAUAGAUAACAUCUCAGAGGUGCCUAUCCAGUUCUGGCAACAUGGGGUGGCUGAUAUCAGGCUGCACACGGAGGUGAAACCUGGGGCAGUGCUGGACUACGCCUUUGAUGAACCCAUCCUGCCCCCGUACCUCACUCUCACAGUGAAGGGAGCCGGAUCCUCAGAGGUCACCGCUGACAUGAACUUCUUCAGAGAAUACAAUAAGCUCUACUAUGAGAACUUCAUCUACAUUGCUGCAUCCUUCACAUUCUCAGAAGAUGCAGGAAAGAGGCCAGUGGGGAAGAAGCGGGCGGUCAGCUUUUCUGAACUGGUUCUGGAUGUGGACACAAAAACUCAGAGAGUCAUCCUGAAGAAGAAGGAGCCUGGCAAGCGCUCUCAGCUGUGGCGGAUGACAGGAACAGGAAUGCUAUGUCAUGAGGGCUCGUCUCCUCCUCAGAGUAAACCUUCCCAGCCGAGACCCCUCAGUUCAUCUUUAGUGCUUGACAUUGCUGGGCUGGCCGCAGUAACAGACAACAGCUAUGAGCCUCUGAUGUUAAGACGGCCAGACAACCGCCGCAGCACCACACAGACAUGGCACUUCAGCUCUGGCAUGUUGACUUGUGGUUUACCCAGACUAGUCGUUCAGGUGAGGGGUGGAGUAUCUGGCCUGCAUGAUGGUGCAGAGGUGGUACUGGGUCCAGACACUGGUUUUUUGGAGCCGGCACCAGAGCAACAGUUUAUCAACCAGAAAAUGAGACCUGGCUCAGGGGUGCUGUCUGUGCAGGUACUGCCUGAUGGGCCCACACGAGUACUACAGAUCAGUGACUUCAACCAGCGGCGCAUGAAUAGACCCUCUCCCAGCACAGAGGAGGACCAGAAUAAAGAACAUGCUCUGUUGAAAGUUCCUGAUGAAGAGCUGGAGGUGCUGGUUAACCUGGAUGGGGGAGUGGGCCUGUCAUUGGUCAAUAAACUCCCUGAAGAGUUGGUGUUUGCCACCCUGUCUGGCAUUGAUGUGCACUUCACCCGCACUGCUGCCAGCCAGGUGCUGGAACUUACAGUGAAAGACAUUCAGGUGGAUAACCAGCUCCUGGGCACCACUCACACUGUCAUGCUGUGUGUGACUCCAGACUCCACUGAAAGCAAUACUGUGGACUCAGGCCCUGCUCUGCAGGUCAAUGCUGUUAAAGUGCCCAGCACCCUUAUGCUCACAGACCUUUUUAAGCACCUGAUGGUCACAGCUUGCCGCUAUACUGUCAUCAUUGAGGAGAAGCUCUUGUUGAAGCUACUCACAUUCUUUGGCUAUUGGCAGACAGAGGGAGAGGUGGAGAAGCUGGAUGAGAACCUCUAUGAGAAAGCCAGUGAAGAUUCAGGAACAUCAAAACGCUAUUAUUUCGAGAACUUGAAGAUUAGUCUCACUCAGGUCAAGCUGAGUGUCUUCACCUCUCAUAAGUUGCCCCCUGACCUCAAGGCCUUGAAAGGAACCCUGGGGUUCCCACUUAUUCGUUUUGAAGAUGCAGUCAUUAACAUGUACCCCUACACUCGGGUCCACCCCUAUGAGACACAGGAGAUGAUCAUCAAUGACAUCCUUAAGCACUACAGAGAGGAGCUAGUUAGUCAGGCAGCUCAGAUCCUGGGCUCAGUGGACUUCCUGGGCAACCCCAUGGGCCUAUUGAAUGAUGUCACAGAGGGUAUGAAUGAACUCAUCAAGUAUGGCAACGUUGGAGGACUCAUCCGCAGUGUCACACAUGGCGUUUCCAACUCUGCUGCAAAGUUUGCAGGUACCUUAUCUGAUGGACUGGGCAAGACAAUGGACAACCGCCAUCAGACUGAACGAGAGUAUAUUCGCUAUCAUGGAGCCACCAGCGGAGAGCACCUUGUUGCUGGGAUCCAUGGUCUUGCUCAUGGCAUCAUUGGUGGGCUGACCAGUGUCAUCACGUCAACAGUUGAGGGAGUGAAGACUGAGGGAGGUGUCAGUGGAUUUUUCUCUGGUCUGGGCAAGGGAUUGGUUGGCACGGUGACGAAACCUGUGGCAGGAGCUUUAGACUUUGCCUCAGAAACGGCGCAAACUGUGCGAGACAUGGCCAGCCUAAGCAACAGGCUGAGCGUACAGCGGAUUAGAAAGCCACGUUGCUGUAAGGGCCCUCAGGGGCUGCUGCCCAGGUUCUCCUCUCUACAAGCAGACGGACAAGAACAGCUCUUUCACUUAACGGACAGUAUCCACUCUGAGUAUUUCAUUGCAGUGGAGCCUAUAGACACGUAUUGUGUGCUGAUCUCCUCCAAAGUGGUGUAUUUCCUCAAGCCUGGGGAAUAUGUGGAUCGUGAAGCAAUAUUUUUAGAAGUGAAAUAUGAUGAUCUCUAUCAUUGUCUGGUGUCAAAAGACCAUGGGAAAGUGUAUGUACAGCUUACCAAGAAAGCUGAAAGCACUGGUAGCGGAGUGGCAAUUCCAGGUCCAUCACACCAGAAACCUAUGGUCCAUGUGAAUAGUGAGAGCCUUGCCAUCAAGAUUUCACAAGAAAUCAACUACGCCAAGAGCCUUUACUAUGAACAACAGCUGAUGCUGCCUCCCAGCGAAAAUGAGGAUAUCUUAUUAUUAGACUCUUAAACAAACUAACCCACUUGGUGGUCAGCAUUUCUUGGUCAUUUUUCAACAGCUAUUUCCUUUUUUCUAUUUCUGUGGAAGGACAGUAAUAAAUCAGCAGAGUGUGAUCACCCACUUUGGCCAGUCCAUGGGACAUGCUCACAGUAUGUGGUUUGUUCAGUAAUGCAAACUAGACUAGAGGGGCUGCUAUAAACCUUGGAUAGCACAGAUUCAACUUGAAUAUGCAAAUAUUUUAUCAAGUUCCUGGCAAGCCUUAGAUUAAUAAUGUUUUUGUUUUACAAUUGUUAAUAAAAUUACUGGUGUUUGUCGCUUGAUGUACACAGUCUGACACUGUAUAUGUUUGUGUAUAGAUCCUCAAUGUACAUAUACAGGCACAUACUAAUAGGACAUUAUCUGCCAUGUAUAUAAAAUGUAAUUAUAUAGGAUGAAAUGAAUCUUAGAUUGCUGUACAAAACUGCCUUUAAAGGAAAGUUCAUUUCUGAAUAUGAGAGUUUGGUGUGAUUGGCGAUUAUGAAUGAAUUGCACUGAUACAAAUGUAGGGAACUGCAGCUGCUCUCACCAUUCACCGAGGAAUCAACAGUAACACACAAAUACAUACACGCACAUCUAUACAAAAUACAUAGAAAGAGAAUUGUAAAUACUGCAUCACUUCACCUCUUCAAAUGCAGUGCACCCUCUAACACUUGUCAGGCUUUUUUCCCCCCUCUUUGUUUACUGGUAUCUUAUUUUCUUGCCUUUUCUGUAGUCCAUUCAAGGAAAGUAAUGAAAUUAAGAAUUAAAAAAAACGUAUGUGUUGCUUAAUAUCUCUUGUUUGUAACAAACAUAUUAUUUAACAUUUAACAUAUAUUGCAACAAAUAAAAAUUUUGCAAAAAGUUUUGCAGUGUAAAUGCUCUGCCUUUUAUGGAUGCCCUUUUUUGAGCUACACAUUUCAUGUUUUUUCUAAGUUUUCUGUAAUUUAAAUGUGGAUAUGUUAAUACUCAAUCAUACAAACCUAAUUAAGAGACAACUGCACAAACUUUCUGGUUAUGACUGUAGCCCUGCUUCCCUGAAGGGAGGGAACAAGGCAUUGCAUCAGUAGCUGACGCUAUGGGAAAACUCCUACCAAGAGUGAUGAUCUCACUUUAGGCCCUUUAGAAUCACGCCAGUCUAUUGGCAGAUGGAGCUUGACACUUCGCCCCUGAUGCGCACGUCAUCGCAGGCAUGUAAAUGGAGCGCAGCACUAUUUCAUCCAGAUUUUUAGAUUGAAGGAAAAAAAUCUCUUGUUGCCUAAAGGGAUAGUUCACCCAAAAAAUGAAAAUUCUCUCAUCAUUUACUCACCUUCAUGCCAUCCCAGAUGUGUAUGACUUUCUUUCUUCCGCUGAACACAUUUGAAGAAAAAUAUCUCAGCUCAGUAGGUCCUUAAAAUUCAAGUGGCGAUCAGGCCUUUGAAGCUCCAAAAAACACAGACAUAAAUGCCUUCCGUACGACUCCAGUGGUUAAAUUAAUGUCUUCUAAAGCUAAAUGAUCACUUUUGGUGCGAAAAAUAUCAAAUGAUGAGAGAAUUUUCGUUUUUGGGUGAACUAUCCCUUUAACAGUGAGAAAUCAGUAGUGCAGCGAGUGUGCGCUGAGUCUCGUUCCCUCCUUUCAGGGAAGUCUUAUGAGAUGUUUUUUUUAAUUUUUUAUUUACAAUGCAAAACAAACAGUGCAACCAGUGUAGCCCGACUCCUAAAAGAAUGACUCUUAUGGGCCAGUUCUUUUUAAUAUACAGCGCGAAACACACAGCACGACAAGUGUAGCCCAGUUCCUUUAUGAAUGAUUCAUAUGAGCCGGAUUUUCAGAAUCUGCAAUGCAAAACAUACAGCACUAACAGCUGUAUUUUACCUGAUUACCGUAUGAAUGAUUCUUAUGAGCCGGUUCUGUUGAAUCUGCGCCCAGUGUAGUUCAAUCCCUGAACCAGGGUUACAGUCUGGUUCAAUAACCAGAAUGUUCCCUUUCAAGUUGGUCACUUCGGUGCUGCAUCAGUAGCUGACACUAUGGGAAAAUGUGUGUUUCAAUGGAAAGGAGGAGGCAAGAACCGGCUUGAUAACAUAAAUAAUAAUUUAAUGAUAAACUUAACCAAAAAGACAAAUACACACACAGGUGUCGGGCAGCUGCCCCUAACUCUCUCUCACUGUCGCUCUGCCAUCUCCGGUCAGCCUUAUCCCUCUCGGGCUUAAUCAGCCUUAUUAGGGGCCGGGUGUGCAGAAUCACGACCCGGCCCCGCCCUCCACCCUGCCACAGUGUACCAUCGCACCAUAGGCUUGAGAAAAGCUUUUGACCAGCCAGGUCAGAAUUCUUAGCAAGAAUCAUGGAACGACAGGGCCUGAAGAUGCCCAACACAUUUGACUAAAGCCAAGGCAAGUAACAGCAUGGUCUUCAGAGAGAGUAUAUGCAAGGUUACUUCAUCAAGUGGCUCGAAUGGGGAAACAGUAAGCUCGAGCAUUCGCAGUGAGGGCUGCAUAUUAAAUUGAAAUGUGACAAGCAUUUGGUAUGUAGCCAACAUUGUUGACAUUAACACACUGUUAACUAGAGGUGGUUUUACAACCAAUUUCAGGUGAUAGCCCCAUUAUAUCGUAGAUGAUGCUGGGGAUCGCAGCUCUGAAUUGAAAAUUAUUUGUGAGUUUUUUGCAUUCAUUUUCACACAGCGCUGUGCAAUCAGCCCACUGCCUGGAUGCACAGAGAAGCAUUUUAUCGGUCGGGGUGUAGAUGAUUUGCCAUCGAUGCCUCAACCGCAGGGGGGCUGGACAUCCCUAAAUCCUCCAUUUCGUGCAUUCAGCCUAGAGAAACUUUAAACAAGCACUCUAUAACUAUGAGAAAAUUCCUUGUCACAAAAACGCAUGCGACGCGAUGCGACGCAUGCUGGAACAGCUGGAAUUAAUUGUUUGAUUGGGGCAGCACGACAGGGCAGCCGUUUACCGUCAAUGGAGAGCUUGGCAUACGGGGCCCAUCGGCACAUUUCAGUAAGGUCCAGCUCUGCCUGGACAGGAGAGGGGGACUCGUCUAUUGCACCAAGAAGGAGGAUGAGCGGGGAGAGUAGCGUAAUCCUCAUCUUCCUUGCAUCGUUCUCCAAAAGGUGAUCAUUGUCGUCAUCCUCAUCCUACCCUUUUAUGUAUCCUGCCAAAGCACCAGAGUCAAAAAGCGGAUCCAGAUCACCCAAGCUACACUGUUCCUGCGGCUGGGGAGGGGGGCCUUUCUCCACUGGUGACGGAUUAUAACAAGGAUCUCCAUUAUUCGGCGCCAGGACCGACAGCCUCCUUUCAAAAACUCGUUGUACGAACCGGGAACAGUGCGGAAAACACUUGGGAUUAGUGUGUGCAGCCUGCGCAUGUCUGACCCCCAGACAGGCGAUACAUAGCAGGUGUGAAUCCUUGGGUGAGAUCAUAAUUCAGCAAGCGCACAGACUGGAGGGAUCCUUACCCUUCGCUCUGCCACUCAGUGAGCUUGCAGUUGCCAUAACCAAAACCCAAGCUCAGGAACACAGAGCAAGUUCACCACAACGUGCCACUCGAUUCUGUGUUAAUCCCCGGAUCUCUACUUAAUGUGACAAGUCCAGCCAAUCUGCCACACCACCUCAACGAGCAGGAGAGGGUAAGAGUAACUUAAAACUCCACAAAAAAAAAACAUAACCCCACCUUGUCGCACUGAUUUACACCACCCAGUGAAACGACAGACAAAAAAGAAAACAACAGAAAAGUAUAUUCACUUUGACAGUGAAUAAAAUGGCAAAAAUAACAGCUGCGCUCAGCGACGUAUCUGACCGGAUCAUCUAGUGUACUGUUUGUCUUUCUGAUGAUGGCUUUCAAUAAUCUUCAUGGGAAAGAGAACAAGAAUGAAAAAGGGACAUAUAGCAGUGUCUUAUAUGAAGGCGGUGGGGUUCCCUUUUCACUGCUCUUAUUGGAGGUAGUGUCAUUGGUGCUUCCAGGAUCGAGCACGGCUGAUGUAAUUUCCAUAGUGAGAUUCUGAACUACUUAAACAUUGGUGAAUUAAAUCUGACGUUGUACCAGCCAUUAUCUAAUCACAGACAUUUCUAGUCGCUUAGCAUCACAUUUGGUUGCAUAUGCAAGUGGUUUACUUUGCAGAGAGUUGCUGCAUAGUGUAAAAGAUCAAUCUUGGGAUUUAAAAACUGAUAUCAAGAUCAUUCAAAAGUGCCCCCGAUUAUAAGCGUAGCAGUGGGGGAGCGUCAAGCGCCAUCUGCCAAUAGAUUGUUGUGAUUCUAAAGGGCUUCCUGGGAGGAGUUUCCAGUAGUGUCAGCUCCUGAUGCAGCAACAAAGUGACCAACUUGAAAGGGAAUUGAGUUUUCUGCUUACAUUGCCACUUUAGUCUCCUUGGUUCCAGAAGCUAAUUAAUAUGAGAUGAAACUUCUUAUAAAGUUGUUUUCAAAGAGUAACAAAAUAAAGCUUUGUCUAAAAGCUCUU